AUGGUGGUUGCAGUCUCUCGGCGCGGCUCCGUCGCCUCUCACAGUCGGCGCGGCUCCGUCGCCUCUCACAGCUGGGUGGAGACGCCUGAGACCGUGGAGGUGCGCAUCAAGCUCCCUAUCGGGACGAAGCGGUCUCAGCUCCGCAUCAGCCUCCGCGAUGGCGACCGCGAAGCGUGGCGGAACGAAAUUGAGACGGCCGGCGGCGAGGACCUGCCCGCUGAGCACGCCCGAUUGACGGUGCAGCCAGCCUUCUGGCCGGAGCCGCUGCUGGACGGCACUCUGCGCGGCGCGGUCCUGCUGAAGGAGUGCAGCUUUCAGAUGGAGGACGACGGUAUCGGUGUGGCGGGCGCCGACGGCGCGCACGCUCUGAGGGAGACGCACCUCGUGGUGGUGCUCCGCAAGCGCUCGCCCGCGGGACACGCCGAGACGCGCGACGAGAACGGCUCCCACGGGACCGUCUGGUGGGGCGGCGUGCUCGACGCCGCCUCUCCGAAGCAGCCGCUCGCAGCGCAGCCGGCGAGUCGGAGCAGCCGGUGUGGCUCGGGUGGGAUGGGUGAGAGUGCAUCGGCGGAGGCGGCGGUGCUGGUGCAGCGGAUGUCGGUGCGGCCGGGGGACGUGGAUACGCAGCGGCAGUGUGCGCGCGGCUGCGCCUCGCUCGCGCGGCGUGAGGGCGGCGCUGCGGCGCUGGCGCUGCAGCAGGUGGCGGAGGCGAUGCGGCGGCACGAGUUUGACCGCGGCCUGCAGUGCGCGGGCGCCUCGCUGCUGUCGCGCGUGGACCCGGCUGCAAACGAGGCCCUCGGCCAGGGCGUCUGGCCGCUCGACCGCGUGCUCGCGCUGCAUUUGGCCGCCGCGGCGCUCGCCUACGCAGGCGCGGGCGAGAGCUGCGUGCGCGCGCUGCUCGAGUCGGGCGGAGUCGGGCUGCUGUCUGCCUGGCUGGCUGAGCCGCCAACCGACUCGGCUCCACCCGUGGCGUGCGCUGCACUCUGCAGGCUGGCGGCGCUCGGAGACCGGCGAGUGAGCUCUGCGCUCGCGCGCGAUGGAGCCGCUGCGGCGCUGCUCGAGCAGGCAGCGGCGGCGGCGGCGGCGGGCGUUGCGGUGGCAGGCGUGCAGCAACAGAUGCUCUCACUCGGCGUCCUCCCGGCCGCCGCAUCGCUCGGGCGCGGCGCUGCUGCUUCCGACGAGCAGACCGCGCUGCUGCACGCGCUGAUGGUUGGCGCUCUCACGUGGGCAUGUCCCGCCUCGACCCUCCGGGCAGAGGCGCGACUCCUCGUCGCGUCGCACCGCAUCCACGACUACCUGAUCGACGCCGCCGGCCGCCACCCCGGAGCCCUCCCCGUCCGGUUGGCCGCCCUCCAGGCGCUGAGCGAGAUGCUGCUCGCGGCACCGGCCACGCCCGCGACACCAGCGAGCGACGAGCGGCUCGAGGCAGAGUCACGGUUCGCCCUGAGCUUCCUCGAUAGCACCCCUGCUGCUGUGUGCGAGGAGCCGCCUCCGCCGGCCACACCGCCUCCGGCUCUCUUUGCUGCGGUUGCCGCCGCCACCGCUUCCAGCGCAGCCUCCUCGGAGGCAGCAGUGUGGCAGCAGGAGGAUCUGGCUGCCGCCGACGCUCUGGCGGCAGCGCUGGUUCAGAGCGCGGCGUGCGACAGCGACGAGCUGAUUGCGCGCGAGGCGGGCAAGGCACGCGUGAGGCUCGGGGGCGCGGAGGCGGCGAGACGGGCCGCGACCCAGCUGGCGCCGACAGCGCUCGGCCGGAUGGCUGCGUCCGAGAAGUGGCGCGAGGCGCUGCGCCGGAGCGGCGCCCAUGCGGCUGUCGUGACGGCGCUGCGCCGCGGGCAGAACGACAGUAGCUAUUGCGCCGCGCUGUGCGGCGUGCUCGCUCAGCUCAGUUGCGGCGAGGGGGAGCAGUCCGCGCUGCUGGCGACCGAAGCGGUGCCGCUGCUGGUGGAGAUGUACGAGGACGCUCUGCUCGGCAUCGACUCCGUCUCCUCGACCGCGAUGGGCCACAUCGGGACCCUCCUCUCCAAUUGUGCGCUGGGCGCGCUCUCGUCGCGCGACGCGCUCGUGGCGCUCGGCGCGGAGGAGGCGACACUUCAGAGAAGCUCCCGACAGACCAAACCUCUCUCGAGACGGCCCCUCCACCCGCCCCGCACAGCUCAAGACCGCCCGCUCUUCACUCUUCACCCUCGCCGCCGCCACCACCGACCGCCCUCCUCCUCGGCCGCCUCUCGACCCCUCCCCCGUCGCCUCACCGCCAAGGCGCUCGACGCGGCCGACGGCGACGCCGCCGAGCUCGCGGCCAUGCCCCCCCUCGAGGUUGUGGGACGGAUGCGCGCUUGCCCACACAGCGCGAUGCAGCAGCUUCGCGGCUGCCACCGCCUGCUCGAGAUCAUCGGCGCCGCCCAAGGCUCUGCGGCGGCGGCGCCGAUGGCGGUGACGGCGGCGCAGGACCGGGAGCGCGCACGGAGGGAGGGCGUCGACGUCGCCGCGCCGCCGCCGCCGCCGCCCACGCCAGCAGAGUUGCUCGAGGGCGGCGCGAUGCAGGCGUCGCUCGACGCGGCGGCUCGCCACUCAGGCACCGCCGCCGUGCUCGCGGCGUCACUCGGAGUGGUCGGCGAGUUGUGCGCGGCCGAGCCGAUGGCCGCUGCCGUGGCUGGCUCCUCCGGCGGCGGUGCGGUGCUCCAGGCGGCGCUUGGCUUCGUCUCUCUCAAGGGAGCGUCCAGCCCCGCCGAGGCUGCAGAGGUGCGGGCGGCCGCGUGCCGUACGGCGCUCGCCCUCGGAGUUGCGCAGGCGCUGCUGCAGCGGGUGGGCGGCGAGGGCCACGACCCAGUCGCUCGAGCACAGCAGCUCGGGACCGGCCUUAUCGCUGCAGCAGCGGCGUCGGCGCCCAAGGCUGGCGGCGCAGGGGGGGAGAGGGCGCGGCAGCACGCGAGGGCCGCGCUGAGCUGGCUUUCGCUCGACGCUUCCGGCUGGUCCUCUCUAAUUGGGUCGCUCUCCACGCCCGAGGAGCGCGAGGAGGCUGCCGGCGCUUUGCACGCGCCCCUCGCCGCUUCCCUCUCGCCGCUCGCCGCACCGGCCCUCAUCGGGCUGCUGCGGCGGUACCACUCGCACGACCGCCUCGCCGAGGGCUGCUGCGACGCGCUGCGGGUGACAUUCACGACGGCGGCGCUCUCGGCGGCCGAAGUUGCGGCGAGCGGGCUCGUGCCGCUGCUGCUCGACCUCUUGCGCAGCGGCGCGUCGCGCGGCGCGAGCCGGCUCAGCGCUGCGGUGGCGCUGCUGGCCUCGUUCGCGUCUGAGGAGGACCUUCUGACGUCACUCCUCGAGGGAGGGGCGCUGCGGCUGCUCGUGCCCUUGAUGCACGAGUCCAUGGAGGGCGGACGGGGCGAGACGGAACAGGCGCUUGCCUUCUCGUCCUCCUCCUCCUCCCUGCCCUCCUCCUCCCUGCCCUCCUCCUCCCUGCCCUCCUCUUCCUCCUCCGCGCGCUUGCUCGAGCACGGCUGCGCGCUGCUCUCCCUCGCGUUGCGCCGCCGCCUGACGGAGCGGCGGCUGCGCGAGAGGCGGGGCGGCGCCGAGGGCCGGCCGUGUAGUGGCGACGGGGAGGCGGAGCUGCUCGAGGCGGCGCUUCCAGUGAUGCUCCAUGUGCUGGGCGGCGACCGAGAGGAGGAACGAGCGGCUCUCGGCCACGUCUUCGCGGCGCUGCGAUCCAUUGCCGCGACGGCGGAAGGCGCGUCGGCCCUGCUGCGCGCGGGCGUGCUCCCCCGCUCCCUCUGCCUCUGCCGAGCGUGGCCAGAGGGCGCGGCGCGCAGGGCGGCGGUCGACUUGAUGGCGGUGCUCACGGUGCUGAUGCGCGCUGCUGGUUGCCCCACGCCGGAGCUGCUAGAGCGGCGAGCGGCGAGGGCGAGCGGCGGGGGCGGCGAGGGCGGCGGGGGCGGCGAGGGCGGCGGGGGCGGCGAGGGCGGCGGCGAGGGCGGCGGGGGCGGCGAGGGCGGCGGGGUCGGCGAGGGCGGCGGCGAGGGCGGCGGGGGCGGCGAGGGCGGCGGGGGCGGCGAGGGCGAGGGCGGAGAGGGUGAAGAGGCGACGCAUCAGGAGGCUCUGGCGCUUUGCGUGGCUGAGCGCGAGGCUCUCGUCGGUUGGGCGUCGGCUCAGCUCCUGCUCGCUGCAGGGUGCGAGACGCAACACCUUGCGGACGGGGCUGGCAACGGGGCGAGCGCGGCCGGCGGGGCUUGCGGGGAGGGCGAGGCUGCUUCCGCCGCCUCUGCCGCGAUGCCACUCGCGGCGGUGGGCCUGCUCUCAGCUGCGCUGCUCCUGCGAGGCGACGCCGCCGCUGCUGCAGCGGUCGAGGCGCUCAAGGCUCUGCUCGGGGCGAUGAAGGCGCACCGCGCGCUCGAGGACGUGCAGCAGGAGGGGUGCUGCGCGCUGGCGGCCUACGCCGGCACUGGCGUCGAUGCGGCCAAGGAGGUUGCCCGUGCGGGCGGCGUCAAGACGCUGCUCUUUGCGAUGCGCACGCACAUCCGGAGCGGCGAGGUGCAGGCGCCCGGCGUGCGGGCGUUGCGCCGGGUCGCCGCCGCCAGUCAGGGGUGCCGGGGCGUCCUCGUUGCUGCAAACGGCGUCGCGAUGCUCGCCAGCGUGAUGAAGAGGCACGACGCGGACCCCGCGAUCCAGUCGGACGGCGGCGCCUGCCUCGCCGCGCUCGCCCUCGGAGGGCCCGACGGGAUGCGCGCGCUCGCCAAGGACGGGCCCGAGGCGCUAGUGGGCGCCCUCCGGUGCAGCGGCCUCGCCGCCGACGCCGCUGACCCCUGCCGCGAGGCGCUGCGCUCCCUGGUGGCCGCCGAGCCGUCGCUGCGCGUGCGCAUCGAGCGCGCCAACGGGGCGAAGUAUCUGUGA